AUGGCGACCCUUCGUCAGUAUAUCAACCUGCGAGAUGCGGCCAGGGAGGAUGUGACCAGAGCCCACACCUUACCUGACGGUGGCUCAUCCUCCGGCACCUCUACUCCGGACGAGAAGGAGAGGGCCCUCAUUCCUGGCGUGGAGCUAUCUCGCCCCUCUGAGAACGAUGGCUCCGUCAUCUACGUUGUUGGCUGGAAGGAGGGCGAUCCCCUCAACCCUCAGAAUUGGACCCGUGCCAGAAAAUGGAUCUGUACAGCCACGGUCUGUCUGAUUGCCUUGGCUGUCAGUAUCCCCGGUACCAUCGAUGCUCCCAUUUCGGCUGCUUUCAACGAGAAGUACCACGUCGGUGAAAUCGCCGGUACCAUGGUCACUGGAAUGUACCUCAUUGGUGUGGGUGUGGGUUCUCUCUUCGCCGGACCCUUCUCGGAGACAUUUGGCCGCAAUGCGGUCUACUUCAUCACUCUGAUUGUCUUCAUGCUGUUCAUCCUGGCGAAGGCCUUGGCGCCCAACUAUGGUGCCGCCAUUGUCUUCCGCUUCAUCCAGGGCUUCUUUGGUGCUGCCCCCUUGACGGUCGGAGGUGGUACCGUGGGUGAUAUCUGGGGUCCUCUCGAUGUCACUUUCAGUCUGCCAUUUGUCACUAUGGCCUCGUACUCGGGUCCCAUCCUCGGUCCGAUCAUCGGUGCCUACAUCCCUGCUGACAAGUCGAACUGGACCGACUGGAUCUCUCUCAUCAUUGCCGGUGCCGUGCUUGUCUUUGUCGCUAUGUUCCAGCCUGAGACCUACGGUCCCACCUUGUUGUCAUGGAGGGCCAAGCACCUGCGUGCUGCCACCGGAGACUCCCGCUACCAGGUCGAUGAGUCUGCCUCCACCAGCUCGCUGGGCAGCCGUCUCCUCGUCAACGUCUACCGCCCCUUCCAGAUGACCAUCACGGAGCCCAUCGUUCUGCUCUUCUCCUUCUACCUGAUCCUGCUGUACAUUGUCCUGUUCACCUUCCUGAACGGCUUCCCCUUCAUCUUCACGCAGACCUACGGCAUCUCCAACUCGCUCACCUUCAUUAUCUGGGUGGCCAUGUUGGCGGGUGACGCUGUCGCCAUCUUGCUCAUUCCGCUGAUCUACGGCUGGACCAAGAAGGCGGCGGUCAAGGCUGCGACCAACGGUACCGCUCUGCAGGCCGAGGUGUCUCUGUACUGGGCCAUGGUUGGUGGCUCUUUCUUGAUGCCGAUCUCCUUGUUCUGGAUGGGCUGGACCUGUUACUCCGACAUCAGCAUCUGGUCCCCCAUCAUCGCGACCUUCGUGUUCGGCUACUCCCUGGUCACCAUCUUCACGGCCACCUACCUGUACAUUGUCUUUGUGUACACCGUCUACGCCGGUUCCGCGCUGGGCUUCAUGACCUUCAGCCGUUAUGUCAUCUCGGGUGCCCUGCAGCCCGCCUCGAUCCCCAUGUACCAGCACAUGACUCCCCACUGGGUGCUCACGCUGGUCGGCAUCCUGGCCACCAUCAUGGCGCCCAUGCCCUUCCUGCUGUACAAGUACGGCCACCAGAUCCGCGCCAUGUCCAAGAACGUGCAGAACAAGGCCUAA